AGCGCGGCCCGGGGAAAGGGGUAGGUGCACGCGCGAUCCGGAAGUCCUUCCCGCCACGCUCCUAAACCGGCGCGAGGGAGGCUGAUGGCGGAGGGAAUAUCGGAGGAAACAUCAGAGGCCCCUGCAGAGAGUGGUAGUAGCGGAGACUCAGGAGCCAGCGCACCAGAACGGGGGGUUGCGCCUAUUAAACCUCAGUACCUCACCACCAAGGCUCAGUUCCAUGAAUUCCUGGACGCCAGGGGGCCAGAGGAGUCCCGCCAGGAAACUGAGACUGAAGAUGCUGACGACAACAAUGCGAUUGAGCCUGAAGCCAAGCGCGUCCGCCUGGAGGAUGGGCAGAGGGAGGACGAACAGUCGGGGGUGGUAGCCCAGGACCCGCCGGAAGCUGGGGAGCAGCAGGAGGCUGGGGAGCAGCCAGAGGCUGGGGACCACGUGAAGGCUCCAAAAAGAGCCCGGGGCCAGAACAAGAGCCGGCCCCACCUGAAGCCCACGCACUACGACACACACAGGCUCUGUCCAUCUCUAAUCCAGGAAUCCGGGUCCAAGUGCCUUUUUGGGGACCGCUGCCGCUUCCUGCACGACCUGAAGCUCUACCUGGAGACCAAGCCGGCCGACCUGGGCCCCCGCUGUGUGCUCUUUGAGACCUUCGGCCGCUGCCCCUAUGGUGUGACCUGCCGCUUUGCAGGGGCCCAUCUGGGGCCCAACGGCCAGAACCUGGUACGGGAGGUGUCGGCAGAGGUGGCGGCCCCGCCCGUCCGCAACGGCCUGGACAAAGUUCUGCAGCAGCAGCUGCGCAAACGCAAGGUUCGCUUUGAGCGCGCGGAGCAGGCCCUGCGCCAGCUCUGCCACGGCCAGCAGCCCCAACCUGCCGCUGGCCCUGAGGGCGCCGGAACCCAGGACGGCCAUGACGGGGCAGCGCCGGACUCUGGGGGGACCCACACCGACACCGGCACCUCCACUGGUGGCCCCCAGCGAACUCACGGGCCCUUGACAGAUGAGGACAUUAUCAGGGUCCGGCCCUGUGAGAAAAAGCGGCUGGACAUCAGUGGCAAAUUGUACCUGGCGCCCCUCACCACGUGCGGGAACCUGCCUUUUAGGCGGAUCUGUAAGCGCUUCGGUGCGGACGUGACAUGUGGGGAGAUGGCCAUGUGCACCAGCCUGCUGCAGGGACAGACGUCGGAGUGGGCCCUACUCAAGCGGCACCCAUGUGAGGACAUCUUUGGGGUCCAGCUCGAGGGAGCCUUCCCAGACACCAUGACCAAGUGCGCAGAGCUUCUGAACCGCACCAUUGACGUGGACUUCGUCGACAUUAACGUUGGCUGCCCCAUUGACCUGGUGUAUAAGAAGGGCGGGGGCUGCGCCCUCAUGAACCGCACAGCCAAGUUCCAGCAGAUUGUCCGCGGCAUGAACCAGGUUUUGGAUGUGCCGGUGACCGUGAAGAUCCGCACGGGGGUGCAGGAGCGUGUGAACCUGGCACACCGGCUGCUGCCCGAGCUGCGGGACUGGGGGGCGGCCCUGGUCACGCUCCACGGCCGCUCCCGGGAGCAGCGCUACACCCGCGGGGCCGACUGGGCCUACAUCCAGCAGUGCGUGUCGGCCGCCAGCCCCAUGCCCCUGUUUGGAAACGGGGACAUUCUCUCCUUCGAGGAUGCCAACCGCGCCCUGCAGACUGGGGUGGCAGGCGUCAUGAUUGCCCGCGGCGCCUUGCUGAAGCCGUGGCUCUUCACCGAGAUCAAGGAACAGCGGCACUGGGACAUCUCGUCCUCGGAGCGGCUGGACGUGCUUCGGGAUUUCACACACUUCGGCCUGGAGCACUGGGGCUCGGACACGCAGGGCGUGGAGAAGACCCGCCGCUUCCUCCUGGAGUGGCUGUCCUUCCUGUGCAGGUACGUGCCCGUGGGGCUCCUGGAGCGCCUCCCGCAGCGCAUCAACGAGCGGCCGCCCUAUUACCUGGGCCGCGACUACAUGGAGACGCUCAUGGCCAGCCAGAAGGCGGCCGACUGGAUCCGCAUCAGCGAGAUGCUCCUGGGGCCGGUGCCCCCCAACUUCGUCUUCCUGCCGAAGCACAAAGCCAACGCCUACAAGUAGACUUGGGGACGGAGGAGUGGGGGGGGCAUGAGCCAAGCCCCCCCUUGCUGCCCCCGGGGGGAAGCAAGCAAUAAAUUUUAUUCU